CCGCGGAUGUUAUACCUUCUGGACUACUACGACAAAUUUAUAUGCCCGGUUCUGGUGGCUUUUGACAACAACACCAAUCCCUACCGUAUGCACAUCAUUCAUCUGGCCAUGAGGAAUGAGGAGCUCCAAAAUGCCAUCGCUGCCCUAGCAACAAACAACAUGCGCAUGCGUGGUGGUAUAGAGGGCCGUCGAUUAAGCUUUUCCCAAGAUUAUCGCCUCAUCCCGGAUCAUGCCUACUCUCAGAUGACUGCUCGGGAGCUACGCGAGAUGCAUGGCGAGCCAUCCAGUGAGGAGAAGCAUUACAAGACUACAUCUAUUGCCUUACUCAACAAGAAGCUUGUAGAUGUCAGUGGUUCUCAGGAAGACUCUGUACUUGCCACACUUCUUAUAUUAUGUCUCUUCCAUGUUUGCGAUUCAGGCUUUACAAAGUUCAAGACUCAACUCGCUGGCGUUCAAAAGCUUUUAAGUUUGCGGGAUCGAAGUGUGCCAUCGGACUUUGUUGGUUGGAUCGAAACUUUCUUCACAUGGUUCGAUGUCAUGACUGCUGCAGUCAACGAUCGGGAGAUCGAGGUGCAAGGGGAGUCCCUGGAUAUGAUGAACCUCAAUGCGAACUUGGGUGCAAUGGAGCAUCACUCGGGUUGCGAAGGCCGUCUCUUCAAGCUUAUUGCGCGGCUCGGGAGGCUGAAUCUGCUCAGUCAGGAUCGUCCUGUACGCGACAACGACGAAACCCCACAAUCAUCACCUCGGCCGAGAAAGCAAAGAGACUUCUACUCCUUCAGCUAUGGAGAUGUUGACGGUAACGGAUGGGGAACACCCAUCUUCGAACGACCAAACCCUCUCACAUCGGCACGAGAUGACCCGCGUUCCGAGUUCUGGACAGAGUGGAAUGACGUCCGGUUCCGACUCCAACAGUGGGAGUUCGGUGCCCCAGGUGAAAUGCCGGCCGGCUCAUGCGACGCAACGUCAUCAAUGCUCGCCAUGUCACCAGCACAAGCUGCGCUACUGCACAUCAGCGAAAGCUUUCGAUACGCAGCUAUGCUCUACAUUGAGCGUCUUGCACAUCCCACUAUACCUGCUGGUGCACGCAACUUCCAGAACCUAGUCUCGCAGGGCCUCUUCCACAUCUCGCAGAUCGGCGUCACAAGUUGCGUCAACAAGUUUUUACUUUGGCCCUUGUUCAUAGUGGGCACCGAGUGCGUGGACCCGGAGCACCGCGCCGUCGUGCGACAGCGAUGCGUGGAAAUCCAACGUGAGAGUGGUUUCUUCAAUAACCUUAGUGGUCUGGAAGUAUUGGAGCGAGUAUGGAGUGAGGACGAUGAGUGGGUGGAGGGGGACUUGCAGGGGCCGUUUGGCACGGUCCAACAGGCAUUCCGGUGGAGAAAAGCUAUGGACCGCGUUGAUGGGGAGUACAUUGUGAUCUGAUGCUUGCUGGAUCAAGCAUACUAGGUUGAAAGUUCUCGUCGGCUAUUGGUUCGGUUCACGACAUAUAUGCAUGGCAAGUCAGGAUAUGUAUGAGGUCAGGAUUGCAAUUGCCGGUCUGCCUCUUUGGAUAUCGCGUUUUGGUAUGAGGGCAUUGAUACCCACGUUUGUAAAUGUAGACAUGAAUUCACGCAGAAGCAUAACAUCGC